AUGGCGUCUGCUUUAUGUAAAUCUGCAAGUCGUCUUCGUCCUGUACAAAUUUUUCGCCGAAUCCGCGUUUCUAGCGAUCUACUAUCGCCGUCGUCUCCAUCUCCGGCGUGUAUCUCCGACGGGCUUCGUCAUGGAGAUUUAUCUCUACUUCGAUCGUUUUUCUCUCUUAACUCUGGAGUCGAACGGAUGAAGAUGGAUCAGAGAUGUUUGCUGAGUACUUCUGCUUCUGAUACUACUUCAAAGCCUAACUCUGGUAAUCCGGAGACAAAAUCUUCCGGUGAAAAUGAGAAAUCUGGAGGAUCAGAGAGUUCUGAUGGUGGUUCAGAUCAGAAAAGCGACCGUGGUGCUUCUGGAAAAGACGUUCGUGGAGCGCCCGUUUCAUGGAUGAGUUUUUUCUUGCUGUUUGCUACUGGAGCUGGAUUGGUCUUCUAUUAUGAUAGGGAAAAGAAACGACAUAUCGAAGAUAUAAAUAAAAAUUCUAUUGCCGUCAAGGAGGGACCAUCUGCUGGAAAAGCAGCCAUUGGAGGACCAUUCAGCCUUAUAAGAGACGAUGGGAAACGAAUCACGGAGAAAGACUUGAUGGGAAAAUGGACCAUCUUAUACUUUGGGUUCACUCAUUGUCCUGAUAUCUGUCCUGACGAGCUUAUUAAGUUAGCUGCCGCCAUUGACAAAAUAAAGGAAAAGUCGGGAGUAGAUGUUGUGCCAGUGUUUAUCUCUGUGGAUCCUGAAAGAGACACAGUUCAGCAAGUGCAUGAAUAUGUCAAAGAAUUUCAUCCGAAAUUGGUUGGUUUAACUGGGAGCCCUGAAGAAAUCAAAUCAGUGGCCCGUUCUUACCGGGUUUACUACAUGAAGACGGAAGAGGAAGAUUCAGACUAUCUCGUGGAUCACUCUAUAGUCAUGUAUUUGAUGAGUCCGGAGAUGAAUUUUGUGAAAUUCUACGGGAAGAAUCACGAUGUUGACUCGUUGACCGAUGGCAUUGUAAAAGAGAUCCGACAGUACCGGAAGUGA